AUGCGCGAGACGGUGACCGACGUGCCGCCGCCAGCGCUCAAGGCGCUGCUGCACUUUCUGUACACGGGCGACUUUGACGAGGUGCAAAAGGUGCUGCGCGAGGAGGGCUCGUCGGAGGGCUCAUCGGGCGGCGCUGCCUCGGGCGGCGCCUCCUCUGGCGCGGCGGAGCAGAGCAUCGCGCAGCUGCAGGCGGUGCUCGCCGCGGCGCACAAGUACGGCGUGCUGCGGCUGCUGCGGUGGGCGGAGGGGCAGCUGUGCCACAAGCUGUCCUGCGAGAUGGCGUGCUCGCUCCUCAGCCUCGCGCACGUGUACGGCGCCACCGAGCUCGAGCGCAACUGCCUCGCCUUCAUGAAGGCAAACAUGGCGCAAGUUGUCAAGCGCGCCGACUUUGCGGCCCUCGCGCCUGAGGCUUUCGUCAAGUUCAACAUGCAUUGCGCGGGCGUCGACCCGGCGGAGGAGGAGCCGGGCCGCAAGCGCAAGCGCGCCGAGGAGUAG